GGAACGCACAUAGACAGCGUGUCCAAAGGAUAGGGAACGCUUUGGGGGAAGAGGAAAAACAGCCAAUAAGGGACUUGUUUGUGGACUACUGUGUGGGAUGGGAAACACCCCAUGAAGUCCUUCUGGGUGACUGACCUCCAGUGAACUUUAAAUUUAUUAGUUGGAGAAGAAGGCAAAACAGAAGCAGCAGCGUGGAGAGGACAUGAAGGACCCGGCACAGUCAGUGGAACAAGGGGGCUCUCAGCGGAGAGGGGGGAGUACAACUCGACCCAGAGUUUGGCUAAAGAAUCAAUGUGUUCGUUUGGGACUUGCCGAAACCCUUUGCACUUUUGUCAUGAUGGCAUUUGGCCUGGGGUCUGUGGCCCAGGUCGUGACUGGACGGGGAGAAUUUGGAGAGUACCUCAGCAUCAACAUUGGUUUUGCACUGGGCGUCGCUAUGGGGGUUCAUGUUGGGGGGAACGUCUCAGGGGCUCAUAUGAAUGCCGCAGUUUCGAUCGCAAUGUGUGUGUUUGGCCGAUUGUCUUGGAGGAUGUUGCCGCUGUACAUAUUCUCACAGUUCAUAGGGUCAUUUCUGGCUGCAGGAACCAUCUACGGCAUCUAUUAUGAGGCUAUUCAUACGUACUGUGGAGGAAACCUGACUGUUACUGGAGUAAGGGCCACGGCUGGUAUCUUUGCCACCUAUCCUGCGCCGUACCUCUCCCUGAUGGGUGGAUUUGUGGACCAGGUGUUUGGCACGGCGAUGCUGCUGCUGUGCCUGAUGGCUCUAUCGGACCAGAGGAACAAGCCGCCUGCUCCGGGCAGCGAGCCAGCCCUGGUGGGUCUGCUGGUGCUGCUCAUUGGCAUUUCUCUGGGCAGCAAUAGCGGCUAUCCCAUCAACCCCACUCGAGACAUUGCACCCAGGGUCUUCACUGCCAUCGCAGGCUGGGGAACCGAUGUAUUCCGGGCUGGAAAUGGGUGGUGGUGGGUGCCUCUAGUUGCUCCAUCUAUUGGAGGAGUCCUGGGAGCCGGGGUGUACAAGGUCCUGGUGGAGCUGCACCAUCCACCAGUGUCUGAGGAGGAGCGGCCGCUGGCAGGGGAGGAGUCCGUGCCUCUUGAUAAACUGCAAAACUUGUGUGCGUGACGUAUUAGCUACGCGAACAGCUAAGUCCAGCUGUGUGUAGCUGAACCAUUCCUCACUGACGAAGGGUUAAAAAGACCAAAACUUCAAUAAGGUGGCCCAUAUAAAAUCUUAAACUCAACUUUAAUUUAUUCAUAUAAUCGAGUCUGCAAAACAUUUAAAAUAUGCACUUGUAGACAUUAUAAAUGAGCAUACUGAUCUUUGCAGUUAUAAAUUAAAUUCAAACAAAACUAGCAGUUUCAUUUGUGAAAGAUGAACAAAGCCAUACUCGUUGCCCUACAUUCUGUGUUUAUAUUAUGGGGGCAACAGCAAGUAAUGUAAUAUUAUAAAUUACCAUAAAUACUUUUCAUUACAACAAUCAACAGGGGACUACUUACAUGAUCAUGGAAACUAAAGUGCACGUACAGAAAACUACCCCUGUACAUUGGAUUUAAAAAAUAGGCAUUAUUCUGAAAAUAAAACAAACAGUAGGGGCUGCCUCCGCACAGCUUGAAAGAGCAGCGUAACUGACAAUAAUUUCCACAAACGUCUUUUCACCAGUCCAGCACACAGGAGCCCGAACAUAAAACAGUGUAUAUGUGUCCUUCCAAGCUCCGAAGUGCUUCAAGCAAAAGCUCGGUGCAGGAUGCUUCACCAGAACAUCUCGCAUUUUGAUCAAGUGCAGCUCAUGUAAAAAGAUGCUGGAAUAAAUCUAGCUCAAAGUACUUCACUGAUAUGAAUUACUGAGAGGACAGUGGAACAGUGUGUCUAGACUCGUAACAUGUGUUUAUUCACAUUUAGUAGGUUUACAUUAAAUGAGUGAGGCACUGCAGUGAGAAACUCAGUGGGAUUUGGCUUUGCGGCCUUAGAAAAUG